AUGGGUACGGCUGGGGAGGACAGACAAGGAAUUGCAGCCGGUCUUCCUCCGAGAGCAGGGAACAUCUCUUUGUGCAGCACCAAUGGCAAUGGGGCCCAGUUAUUUGUAACAGUGAUACAAAACAAGUCCCGCUUUGAUGCCCGCACGAGCCCCUGCGGAGGCCAGCCGGGGCUGGGGGCAGAUCCAGCUGGGCAGGAGGAGGCCAUGCCGCUGGGCGAGGAGACCCCUGAGGCGCUGUUGGAGCUGCUGAGCGACAGGCACAGCCCCUGGGCCCCGCCGCCGGACUGCAGCCCCCAGGACCAGCACCUGCGGGAAAUGGCUGUGCUGGCACCCGAGCUCGUCCGUGGCUCCUGCGUCUUCCAGGGCACGUUGUUGGUCAAACCUAUCUCUUUGCAGGUGGAGGAGGUCGACGAGGGUCUGUUGCAGUUAGAGCAGCUGGAGGAGCUCAUCCUCAGUGCCAACCGGAUCAGCAGGAUAACCUCGGCCAACCUGCCCCGGACACUGAAGGUUCUAGAGCUCUGCUGCAAUGCUGUGGCUGAUCUGCAGGAUCUGUGCGCUCAGCCUCCUCCGGAGCUGCAGCACUUGGGACUGGGAUACAACAUGCUGUGCGGCCCUUCACAGGACAAGUACCUCACUGAGGACUUCUGGCCAAAUCUUGUCUCCCUUGACCUGAGCUUUAACAACUUGACGGAUCUGCUGGGGCUGGUCUCCCAGCUGUCUGGUCUGCAGAAGCUCCGCAUCCUGGUGCUCCAAGGGAACCCACUGGCUCUCAUUCACACUUACAGAGGCUUCCUCGUGGACAGCCUGCCCAAGCUCUCCAUCCUCGAUGACAUCCACAUAGGGCCUGACGAGAGGCACCGGUUCCACAGUUUAGCGAGGCAGCCAGAGCUGAUCAGAAGCGAAGCGCGGGUGGUUGUGAGCAUUGGGGAAAUCAAGGGAGUCCCUGAUCCCAGCGCUCGUCAGCAGCUGGAGGUUGGUUCUGAGGCUCCAGUGAUCACCUACAGCUACUGCGUGACAUACAAGUUUGUGGAGGAAGAGGAGACUGAGGACGGUAGCAGCACUGAGGUAACAAAAAUCCAUCAGCAUCCCAUCAUGGCCACGCUGGAUGUGGACAGCUCUGCUCUGGACACGAGGGAAACAAAGGGCCACCAGGAGCCUGCAGCCACGGAGGAGUCCAAGGCUCACUCUGCAAAGGUGUUUGUCACCCCUGGAAAGCCCUGGGCAGACACCAUCGACUGCAGCUACAGGAAGGAGCACACUGCCAAGGACUUAGUGGGGCUGAAGUCCUAUCUGGCGUCUGGAACGAUCGUCUCGGUCAUGGAGGAGAAGGUGCUCUCAUGGCCUGUCGAUGCUGAUCCAGAAGAAAAUGCAGUCACAAAGGGAAAGGCAAAACGGGGGCUGCAGAACGGUGCCAAGGUUCCUCUGCCCAGGGACAAGCAGAAGAAGAAGAAGAAGGAGGAGCCAUGUGAACUCCGCAGCGACCCUCCCAUUCAGAGGACUCUGGGCUCUGGAAGGGUGACUCUGGAGACCCUGCUGGCCACCGAGGACCUGGUGGCAACUGUGUGUGACUUUGGGAUCCUGGUCACUCAGCAGCCGCUGCAGCCACCAAGUCUGGAGGAGAAGGUAAGGAGCGACAGGAAAAAAGGCAAAGACAAGAGCAAAAAAACAAAAGCAGAGGGAGAAAGUCAGGCCAGCCGGAAAACCACAGCAUCUGCCAAAGGAAAAAGAAAAAACAAAGACUCU